AUGACACCUCGAUGUAGAACCAGCCAAUGGGAAUCGCAGGAUCGAGCACAUGUUCGAGGCUCGUUUGGCCAUCCUGGCCAGGUGCGCGGACACGCCACCCUGAAUGGCCCAGUCGCUCCUUCCCCAGAUCUGCGCAUCCGCGGGGCUAAGCAGAUCAUGUUUCAAUUCCACCUGAUUCUCUUUGGCAAUUCCUCUCGUGACUACCCCAACGGUAUCUCAGAUAAGGUACUCUGGGUAGGACGGUAA